UUGAGUCAGCAAACAGGAAGCUGUCAGCAGGUGAGUCCUCCUGCUCAGCCUCUGAGUGCCUGAUUGGACGCACCUUUGCUGAGAUCAGGUCUGGCUCAGGCUGUCGAUGGUUACCUGGAUCAGGUCAAAUGCUGUGGCGUCAUGGACGAGUCGGCGUUGGAGCGUUACUUUGAAGACUCCAUUGCAAACGACUCCAGCUUUAUGCUGGUGGAGGGGCUUAGUCUUCAAAGCCCUGCCCUCAUUUCACAGGACCCCGCCUACCCGUCAGAGAAGCCCGGAGCAAGCGGUGAGGCCGGUGACGAGCUUGACCUCAGUUUCCUUCCCGACGAGCUCAGCACGCAGGAGGAACCGAGCCAUGACAUAUCAGGAGAGGAAGGCGGGUCUGCAGCUCUGGACAUGUCUCAGGACAGCGGCGUUGGUGUGGACUACAACUCCCAGGAAUCCACGACCGCCGAGGGCACACAGGAGAUGUCCACAUCAGGAGCGGGGACCAGGGCCUCCCCCUUCUAUCCCAUGACCCCCAUGACCCCUAUGACCCCCAUGACCCCUGUGACAGAGAGGUCAGGAAUCAUCCCGCAGCUACAGAACAUCGUCUCCACGGUGAACCUGGGCUGUCCGCUGGAUCUGAAGUUCAUCGCCCUGCAGGCCCGAAACGCCGAGUACAACCCAAAGCGCUUCGCGGCGGUCAUCAUGAGGAUCCGUGAGCCGCGAACAACAGCUCUGAUCUUCAGCUCUGGGAAGAUGGUGUGCACAGGAGCCAAGAGUGAGGAGCAGUCGCGCCUGGCGGCCCGGAAAUACGCCCGGGUGGUGCAGAAACUCGGUUUCCCCGCCCGCUUCCUGGAGUUCAAGAUCCAGAACAUGGUGGCCAGCUGUGACGUGUGCUUCCCCAUCAGACUGGAAGGACUGGUUCUGACCCACCAGCAGUUCAGCAGUUACGAGCCGGAGCUGUUUCCGGGACUUAUCUACCGGAUGGUGAAGCCUCGAAUUGUCCUGCUCAUCUUUGUGUCGGGGAAGGUGGUUCUGACGGGUAAUCGCCUCCACACGUCCGAGUUCAUCAGCACAGACACAAACAGAAGCCUCAACACGGGGACUGAUCUGUCACCAGAUUACAGACAAAACUGUUCUUCAAAUGAAAUCAUUAUGAAGUCUGUCGUUCAACACAGCUCUGCAAACGGGCCUUUCAUUUACAAAUGACUGCAGUCACAUGUUAUUAAACAUGAUCUUAAAGGGCGCCGGCUCACCUCCACGGGCGAGGGGCGUGGCCACAAAGUAGCGGCCCGGGUUCGAGUCCGACUUGUGCUCUGCGCCCGCUGUCUCUAUCCAAUUAAGAGGCCAAAACGAUAAUAUUUAAAGAAAAUGAUAUGAUCUUUAAAAUAUCUUUGAAAUACAAAGUAAACUGAAAAUCUGUCACAUCUUUAAUUUGUUGCUAAGUCCAAAAUGUGGAUCUGAUCUUAAAGAAACAACUUCCUGCAAAAGUCUGAAAAUCAGAUUUGAUGAACAGAAAAACUGUAGAAACAUGACUUAAUGAUGACGUGACACCUGCUGCUUACUAUCCAUGCUGUAUUUUAUUUUGAAAAUGUCUCAGAAAUGUGACUCUUACAAUCAUGAAAUGUGACCGAAUGACACCGUGCUAAUCACCGAGCUGUUGCCUUCCAGGAGCCAAAGAGCGAGCCGAGAUCUACGAAGCGUUCGAGAACAUUUAUCCGAUCCUGAAGGGCUUCAGGAAGCAGUGAGAACGGCACUUCCUGUUCCUGUGUACAUAUGUGAUUCGAUAUUUGGGCUAAAUAUGUUUUACUUUGAGUCGCACUGCAGAGUUAUGGGAUGGGAUUUGUUUUACAGUCUGUGCUCAAGAGUUCACCAUCCUGAGGAAAUGAAUCUGUUUUCUAAGAGUCAUGUGACUUCAGUGUUUUCAUACACAAAUAUUUCCACUGAAUGAAUGUGGAGACAUCAGCUGUUGAAAAUAAUAAAGGUUGCUGUGUACGUUGUACGACCUUUAAACCGUCUUUACUGAGCGGCCGACGCUGGAGUGCAGGAACAGUUUGGAAGAAGCAGAUGUCGCUCAAAAUCCCAAAUCUAAUACUGAGCUUUUCACACCUGAGCUUCGGUAACCGUGGGAAACACACCAGAUACAAACCUCCAACAAAAAGACCGCCUCAUCUGGAUUACGUUAUUCCAGAGAAACAAACUGCUCUUCAAAGCCUUUCAGACAGCUUUCAAACUUUUAUUCUGAAAAACACUCCAGCUGUUUAAUUCUGAAUGGCAGGCCUUCACCUGUGACUGAUCACAGACAUUCAGAGACGGCCUUAGUUUAGUGAACUGGGCUCAUGUUUGAGUCUUUGAUGAUCCUGGACAAACACGCAGCAGCAACAAACCCUCAGUCUCACGCUGACAGUUCAUUGGCCCACCUGUAGCGGUGAGGACGGCGUGCACUGCUGUGGUAUCGUUUCAUCUGUCUGUCAUCUGCAAACAAACCCCACAGACGAAAAACUUUGUAGGUCACAUGAUGUGGCUGAACUAAAACCUGAUUGGAUCAUAACCUGCCCCACACGCUGGCACCGUAGACUUGAGACACGAGUUACCCCGGAGCAGGGGCUCAUCAGCCCACGCAACCUUUCCCCGUCAGCCUGGAGACGAUGGUUCGCUUCUGUCCUUCCACGUUUCACUCGUGAUUUUGUUUGCUCGACGAACACCAAUAAUUGGAUCCUUCUAAUUUCCCACAGUCACAGCACGUGUCCCCCCGCAGGUUUUUAAAGAAAUCUAAUGAAGCAAUGCUCCUCUCUGAGAUCCUCACCCAUUCACUGAAGGGAGGCUCCUAUUUAAAUCUCCGUGGGGCUGCAGAGUUCAUGAAAACUUCACAGAAUAAAUGGACUGAUUCUUAUGCAGCACUCACUGCUUUCUACAACAUCCACUCUCCGAUGGAGCAUCAGAGAGUGAGCCGGGGUUAGUAUCCUGUCCAAGGAUACUGGGGGAGCCAGGGAUCGAACCACCAACCCUCCGAUCACCUGAUGAGUCGUUCACUCAUUUUUAUCAAAUUAAAUAUUCUCAAAUUUAAAGAUUUGGUUGACCUCAGAACUGCGCAAACAAUGUACAAAGCAGCAAAUAAAUCUUUGCCCCACAACAUUCAGAACUUGUUCCAAAUAAGACAAAAUACUCCUGACCUGAGAGGAAUCCUUAUGUUCAGCAAGCCAGUAGUAAGGACAAAUGUAAAAUAUCAGAGCAUUACAGUCAGAGGAGUUAGUGUGUGGAACACCUGUACAGAUGAAAUCAAGACAAGUACAUCAAUACAAAAAUUCACACGAUUGUUCAAAAAUAAUAAAUUGCAUGAAUAUAGGAAAUCUUCCUCUCAGUGACUGAGUCGUCUCAUUGUGUCCUCAUUUUUUUAUAGAUCAAGGCCUGAGUAACCCAACCUUAAGUGUUCAUUAAGCUGUUUGUCACAUAGAUAUAAAACAAGCUCAGAGAUUAAGCGGGUGUUAUAGACAGGGUGAUUAGUUUAUGUAAAAAUGUAGUUUGUUGUUGUUCUGGUUUACGUGCUGAAAAUGGUUUUUAUUUGUGUAUGUUCAAUGUGUUAGACUUGUACAUAGUCAACUAUAUAUGAUCAAAUAAUGUUGAAUCCUGGAUAUGGAUUUGUAAGAAAUGAAAUUUGAAAUAAGGGGGUAGGAACAAGAAAAGUGUAAACUUCAUCCUACUCCUUUUCGAGCACACGCAUUCUGUAGACAAAGAUAUAUACAUGACAUUAAGUUUUGGUUUGUUUUUUGUUUUGUUUUUUCUGUUGUUAUUUCAAUUAUAUUUGCAUGUUCGAAAUAAAAUUAUAUCUAUCUAUCUA